GCUGGAGGACUUCAUCAACUCGACGUUCACGGAGCGCUUCGGCGAGCCGGCGUCCGAGGCCACCGUGACGCUGGUGUUCAGCGUGUUCGUGGCCGUGUUCUGUGUGGGCGGCAUGAUGGGCGGCCUGCUCACCGCCUGCGUGGCCGACCGCUUCGGGCGCCGGGGAGGCCUGCUUCUCAACAGCGGGCUCGUGUUCGCCGCCGCGCUUCUCAUGACCCUCUCCAAGGGAGCCGCCUCCUACGAGCUCCUCGUUCUCGGAAGGCUCAUCGCGGGCAUCAACGCCGGUCUGACGGCAGGUCUGGCCCCGCUCUACCUGUGCGAGAUCUCGCCCAUCCGAUACCGGGGGGCCACGGGUACCAUCUACCAGCUGGUCCUGACCGUGUCCAUCCUGUUCGCCCAGCUGGUCGGCAUCCCGCAGCUGCUGGGCAACGACGACAACUGGCCUUAUCUCUUCGCACUUGCGGUGAUCCCAUCGGUGCUGAUGCUGAUGUCCCUGCCCUUCUGCCCGGAGUCCCCCAAGUAUCUGCUCAUGGUGCGGUGCCAACCAAAACAAGCCGAAGCUGCGUUGAUACGUCUACGUGGCACGCGGGAUGUGCUCUUCGAGAUGGACGUCAUGAAGAGCGAGGCCGAGGCAGCGGAGUUUGUUCCCAAGGUGACGCUUCAGGAGAUGCUGCGCAACCUGGCUCUUCGUGCCCCGCUCAUCAUAUCACUCAUGGUGAUGCUGGCGCAGCAGCUCUCAGGCAUCAACGCGGCCAUCUUUUUCUCGACAGACAUCUUCAUGACGGCCGGCUUGGACGCCGAGGGCGCCAUGCAGGCAACCCUGGGCAUGGGCGUUGUCAACGUCCUCAUGACACUUGUUUCCAUGGUGGUGGUCGAGCGCGCGGGAAGGCGAACGCUGCUGCUCGCCGGCAUGGCCGGCAUGGCGCUGUCCACCGUCGUGCUAACGGUCACCCUCGCCUUCAAGGACCACGCGGUGUGGGUGUCCUACGUCAGCAUCGGUGGACUCUUAGCCUUUGUCAUCACGUUUGCCAUAGGACCGGGUUCCAUCCCGUGGUUCCUGGUGACGGAGCUGUUCGGCCAGGGGGCCAGGCCCAUCGCCAGCAGCCUCGCAGUUGGCGUCAACUGGGCGGCAAACUUCGUCGUCGGCAUCGCCUUCCUGCCGCUCAUGGAGGUGGUUCAGCAUUACACCUUCCUCAUUUUCACCCUGGUGCUGGUGUUCUUCUGGGUGUUCAUCUAUAAGAAACUUCCAGAAACAAAGAACAAGAGCAUCGAAGAGAUCACAAAUAUGUUCCGCGUUCGUGCCUACAAGGAUGACACGCCCAUGACAAAACUGAAUGCCAACAGCAAGGCAUGACUCCAAUCAGCGUAAAUUGAACGUUCGUCGGUAUGGAACUCUAGAAAAUCAGGAAGCACGCCGUUCCCUUUUCUCCAAGACUAGACGAAUGCUGAAGCAAUCGUCGCGAAGAGUGGAGGAGUGCUGUGUUCAUCGUUUUGCGUUCCGCUUUGUGACACCAUCGCCAAGUAUCGCCGGGAAUUGUUUGUAGUAACGUGAGAGAGCCAUGGAGGUAGACAGAUCAAUUUCCUUGAUAUGCAAAUUAUGAAGAGACACCCAGGCAGGUAAGAUAUGACGUGUGGCAAAGAUUCCUGCCUUUACACAUUCCGAUAAGCGUUGUAAAUAUUCAUAUCAAACGAGAACGCAAAAUCUUUUCUACGAUGUGCAUCGAAGUGACAUCAAUCAGGCUAAAAAAAUCUACUACUUUCGCUCUAAAAUUGAAAGAGGUUGGGGAAAUAUGGGGUAGACGUGGUGGUUUGGUGCUUGUUAUACCCACCCCUAGAAUACGCUUCUCAAAUCAAAGCGAAGAUUGCAGUAUUGAGGUGUACAUAUCAUCGGGAUGAUUUUACAAGGUGAGAAAUGUCUGGUGCAUUUGUAUAUAUUGGUGGUACCAAGUGUGAUGAUUUCAAUGGAAUGCAAGUUGUGGUGCGUUUGUAAUUGAAUGCUGCUCGCUAGUGGUGGUUCAUUGUGACCGAGGCGUUUUGCCGGCGAUAGUUUACUCUUGAAGAACACAGACAGCCCUACUACGCAGGCAUAAGAAUUUGUGCUAGAUUUUUCUUGACUUCCUAAAAUAACCCUAGUUCUUUACUAGGCGUGCCAAAAGGUAUUUGGGUUGGUCUGGGGCUGUGUAAUUGGGGACGAAACGGAGGCCAAAUUUAACUGUUUAACUCUUUAACUCUCUCGAAGUUUGACGACAUUUUUAGGGAACCAGUUCUGCAUAGGCUUGCUACCUCCUUAUAUAUACCUGAUUCGUUUGGAAUCUAGACCUAUAAAAUUUAUGUUUCUAGCGGUUAUGAAAAUUGUGUUUAAACACAUGUCUGAAUAUUUUUGUCGCAAUCAUAUUGAGAAAAGUUAAAUAAGGUCAACUGGGACUCUAUCCCCAUGCCAUUAACUGAAAGACGGACGGUGCUUUUAAUCAAAUAGGAUAUUUUAAUAAAAGAAAUGCAAGAGAACUUUUUUAGUAACACAUGCACACUUUGCAUUCCCUAGUGUUUUUUUUUUUUGAGUGCGGUGAAAAACACAAUACGACGCACUUGGCUGUAAAAUGUAACAACAUGUGUAAUAUCGAAAAUUUACCUCACCGAUCCAAAUUACGUUUGCUAGCCAAUAUAUAACUUUGCGGUAAUAUGACAUGAUUGCACUAUCAGUUGAGCGCUUUUAUUGAUAAGACUAGGGCGUAAGAUUGAGACUACAAGUGAGUGUCGGCGUGGCUUCGUGGACAGGCGUGAAAACUUUUCAUUUCGGAUAAUAUUUACUGAAGGGUUUACUGUAUAUUUCUUACUUAGCUUCACAGUGUAUUGCAAUUUAUGGCUCAAAAACGAAAAUUCUGUGUUGCGCAGUUCAUGUCGAAGUUACAAAACACGAAAACACGCAAGAAGAUUUUAUAACGUUAAGGUCAAUCAAAGACGUCACAUUUAAUGGCUGUACUUGAACUCUUAGUAACAACCAAACAAAUUGGAAGUCCUGCCAGGAUAGUAAGUCCGUUUUUGCUUGACGUUAAUUGGCUUAAUUCUAUGCAGUAUAUUUCUAGGUAGUCAACGCUACUGUUUGGUAGCAUGUCAACUGGGUUAAUCUCUUUUAAGGACGUAGGCAUGAGCCAGAAAUUCUCCCUAUCAGCCAAACAACCCGCAGUGAAACCUAAUUCCUGCACUUGUUUCGAAAUUUAGACCCAAAGUUGCCAGGUGAAAACCGAGCAACCAGAAAUGAAGCCUUGAUUUAGCAUUUCCUAAGAAACUGAGGCCCGAAGAAGCCAGUUGACAACCGAAUAACUAGGCAGUGAAGCCUAACUCUCGCUCUUGUUUGGCGAUUUAGAGCCAAAAUAGUCCGACUCAGUCAAAAUAAUACCGAGUUCGGUUAUACCUUGGUUUCUUCGGGUCUUCUGUGUCCUGAACUGCCAGAAAAAAAAAAUUGUGGCUUAAACAACAGUGCUACCUGGAAAUUUCGCCAAGAGACCUUCAUGGUCGGCGGCAAACCAGUUCGCAGUCCUCCGGGCGUGGUAUGUGCUCGCGACCCAAGAGUGAGGGCUGAUUCAACCCUCGGCAAGGAACGUAUGUUAAAGGAAAUGAAAAUGCUAACCGUGUGAAUGGCGUUUUAUAAAAAGAAAGCAACACGUUUACUACUCAUUCGUUGUCAUUGCAAUACACUAAAUGCUGCUGAUGAGCUACGUACUCUCUCAGAUUAAUAUUUUUUAUUUAAUUGUGGGGGUCAAACUUGACAGUCUUUUAAUAUCUGGGCGUUCGCAAAGGCGAAACUUAGUCUCGUCGAAAUUCUAAUAUUUUAUGUCCCUGCUCUAGAGAAGCACCUUGUCCAGAGGGAGUUCAAGGUCGCCCAAGGCUGCGCUGCAUCAACUAGCACUCCUUCUUUUAAAGUUACUUUUCCCCCAUUUUUGCAUCCGCCAUGCAACCGACUAUACUUUGCGUCGAUAAACCUGACGAGUCCUCAGUGACCUCAGACUUCGUCUCACAAUCUUGUCUUACACGUGACGUUGUUUAUGUUCGCACACAGGCAGCUUCCCAGUCUUUCUCUUGCGAACCUUUUUCCGGUCGAAUCAUUCUGUAUCACGAAGCGAGAUCAACGAAUCAAAAUUUUUGGUUGGAGUGCACAAAUCGUAUAAAGUUUUUUUUUUUUGAUAGCGGAUAUGUUUUCGUCUCUCAAGAGAACGUUUAAACUUCCUAAGCUUUCCAUCAGCCGUGAAACAGAAACGGACCACACGCGCACCAAGCGUUCGCUAUUGAAAGAUUGUGGCUCCAUAGCGAGGAAACAGGAUAUUCACUCAUCCGGAUUGCUCGCGAGGCGUUGGAUGAAAUACGAUCUACCUCUACUAUGAAGUCACGUGACCCUACAACUGUUCACGUGCUGAGUGCCCCUGCGUUUCUGCUCCGCAGUUGAGGACGAUGUUUUCGGGCUGCGUAUCCACGGGCACCGCGGCGUCGCAUAGCAUUCGCCCUCUAAACCGAAAGUACAAAGAACCAGUCUGGUAUUUUUACAGAGUGUCAAUAUUUUUAUACAAAAAUAAAAUAAAUAAUCCUCUCUUA